CAAAAGGUAGACUCCCUAGCUAGCUAGUCCUAUCCCCUCGUCGAUCAAAGGGAAACUUAUUAGCUAAUCCACACGCAGCGCAUCGUCGGCGGCGUCCAGCCAUGCGGUCGGCGAGGGUGGCGGCGAGUGCUCCGCCUUCUCCGCAGCAGCCGCUAUUACGCUAUCCCGACGAGCACAGGUCCGCGCGGGAGGAUCAUCGUCACAAGAAGCUGUGCUACGACGAGCGGCGGCGGCAAGCGGCCGAGAGGGCGGGCGAUGAGCAGCCGCUGCUUGCACCGGCACCGGCACCGGCUCCGGCUCGAGUGAGCGUCGGCGCACCGGUCCCGGAGCCGUCGGGGCUGUGCGAGUGCGACAGCCAUGCCUGUUUUAACUUCGGGAUGGGCUUUGGAACGACUGCUGUAGUUAUCUUCCACGUUUAUGCCAUCUAUGUUUGCCUCAUGCCUCCUUAAAAAUGAAGAAGAAGACUGAAGGUUGUUGUUAACAUCGAGGCAUCGAGCGAGGUGCUCGAUCGGGCAGUAGCAGUAGAGUAUAUACUUGGAAAAAUAGAGCACACAAGUAAAUUUCAGUCCUUUACAUAGCCCUAAUAAGGACUUAGUGUGAUCUUUUUAGUCCUGUAUAUAUAGGUCUUAUCAAUUAACUGUGCAAGAGGUGAUUGUUGCUUUAAGUUUUUAUUAGAGACUUUAGUACUUUCAUCCUUCUAAUAAUAACAAAUAUGGGAUGAUGGAAACAUGUCCCUAACUAUAAUAUUGAGGAGGAGGUCACCAUGUGGAUUGCGGCAGG